AUGGACAUGCACGAUCUCUUUCGCCGGCUUGGCGCGGGGGCCAAAUUCGAUGUGAGUCGCUUCUCGGCAGACGCAGCCCGAUUUCAGCUAGGAAAAAGGAAAUAUGACUUUAAUUCUUCAGAGGCACUUCAGGGAAUUGACUUUUUUGGAAACAAGAAGUCUGACCCAGGUGAAUGUGGGGCAUCUAGAACAUACCAAGAGCUCCAAAAUGAAGAGAAAAAAGAAGCAAGACUUACUGAAAGGAAGAGGGAAUGGAACAAGAAAAAGAGAAAGAGGAUGGCUUCAGAAAUUACUUUGCCGGAAGAAGAAACUACAAUACAGUGGAUGUCAUCUAUGGAAGCAAAGAUUGAAGAUAAAAAAGUAAGAGAAGAAAAUAAAUUAACUUCAGGAAAAUUGGAACAUCUCAGAAAGGAAAAGAUCAACUUCUUCCGGAAUAAAAACAAAAUUCAUGUCCAAGGAACUGAUCUUCCUGACCCAAUUGCUACAUUUCAGCAACUUGACCAGGAAUAUAAAAUCAAUUCUCGACUGCUUCAGAAUAUCCUAGGUGCAGGCUUUCAGGUGCCUACAGCAAUCCAAAUGCAGGCCAUUCCAGUUAUGCUACAUGGUCGAGAACUCCUGGCUUCUGCUCCUACUGGAUCUGGAAAGACUCUGGCUUUUAGCAUUCCCAUUUUAAUGCAGCUGAAACAACCCACAAAUAAAGGCUUCAGGGCUCUGAUUAUAUCACCAACAAGAGAACUUGCCAGUCAGAUUCACCGAGAGUUACUAAAAAUCUCUGAAGGAACAGGAUUCAGGAUACACAUGAUUCACAAAGCAGCAGUGGCAGCCAAAAAAUUUGGACCUAAAUCAUCUAAGAAGUUUGAUAUUCUUGUGACCACUCCAAAUCGACUGAUUUAUUUAUUAAAGCAAGAUCCUCCAGGAAUAGACCUAACAAGUGUUGAGUGGCUCAUAGUGGAUGAAUCAGACAAAUUGUUUGAAGAUGGAAAAACUGGGUUCAGAGACCAGCUGGCAUCCAUUUUCCUGGCAUGCACAUCCCACAAGAUCAGGAGAGCUAUGUUCAGUGCCACUUUUGCAUAUGAUGUUGAGCAGUGGUGCAAACUCAACCUGGACAAUGUCAUUACUGUAUCCAUUGGAGCAAGGAAUUCUGCAGUAGAGACGGUAGAACAAGAACUUCUCUUUGUUGGAUCUGAAACUGGAAAACUUCUGGCUAUGCGAGAACUUGUUAAGAAGGAACUGGCAUAUGGUCGAACUGGAAGAGCAGGGCAUAAAGGAAAAGCUGUUACAUUUUUCACUGAAGAUGAUAAACCAUUAUUAAGAAGUGUUGCAAAUGUUAUACAGCAAGCUGGAUGUCCUGUACCAGAUUACAUUAAAAGUUUCAAAAGACUACUAAGCAAAGAAAAGAAAAAAAUGGUUAAGAAGCCAUUGGAAAGAGAGAGCAUUAGUACAACUCCAAAAUGUUUCUCAGAAAAAGUGAAGGAUAAACAGAAAAAGGUCACUGGUCAGAACAAGAAGAAAGUAGCUCUUGAAGACAGUAUUUAA